CUGUGUUUCCCAUGGCUCACCAGCCCGGGAAUCAUUAAAUGGCGAGGAAGGAGGGAAAGUUGAUUCUCUGGUCUCUAGAGCCGCAGGGGAGAUGAGCGGUGACUUCCGGAGGGCGGAGUCUGGGACGGAGGAAGGGGAAACCCUUGUAACAAAUAUUCUUGAUCAAGCAAAACCAGUCCCCAAAUUGAUUUUGUCCAGAAAAUGUCUCAUUCUGCUCCAAAUCUAUCAUCACUCACAUGAGUCAGGAGCUACUUGCUCGACUUGAAGGUAGAAGUUCCCUGAAAGAUAUAGAACCUCUUUUGUUUGCUGAUGAAGGCUCUCCUAUCCAUGGUGACAUACUAGAAUUCCAUGGUCCAGAAGGAACAGGAAAAACAGAAAUGCUCUAUCAUCUGACUGCAAGAUGUAUCCUUCCAAAAUCAGAAGGUGGAUUAGAAGUUGAAGUCUUAUUUAUUGACACAGACUACCACUUUGAUAUGCUUCGACUAGUUACAAUUCUUGAACAUAGACUGUCCCAAAGCACAGAAGACAUAAUAAAACACUGUCUUGGAAGAUUUUUUCUUGUGAAUUGCAGCAGCAGUAACCAGUUACUUAUCACCCUUUACUCACUGGAAACUAUGUUUUGUAGCCACCCAUCCCUCUGCCUUUUCAUUUUAGAUAGUUUAUCAGCCUUCUAUUGGAUAGACCGGGUCAAUGGAGGAGAAAGCCUUAACUUGCAAGAGGUUACUCUGAAGAAAUGUUCUAAGUUCAUGGAGAAACUUGUAAAAGAAUAUCACUUGGUUCUCUUUGCAACAACACAAACUAUAAUGCAAAAAAGUUCAAAUUCAACAGAAAGAUCAUCUUCCUUAAAACUUUCUUGUGAAGAAGUAGACAUAGAUUAUAGACCCUAUCUUUGUAAGUCAUGGCAACAAAUGGUAAACCAUAGAAUAUUUUUUUCCAGACAUGAUAAUUCUGAAAGUAGCAACCAAAUGUUUUCAAUAGUGUCAUGUCAUCUAAAAAGCAACAAUCUAAUAAAGCGUUUAUUUAGUAUUAGAGAAAGUGGGGUUCAUUUUUGUUAAUCUAUAUCAGAAAUACCCUACAUCAAGUGUUGAGUUUUCAAGGUGUCUAAAAAUUUCUUUCCCUUGAUGAUAAUGCUUUGAUGAUAUAUCAGCAUUUCUGAAUUUUAAAGACUAAAAAGGUUAAGAUAGGGGCAGCUAGGUGGCGCAGUGGAUAGAGCACUGGCCCUGGAGUCAGGAGGACCUGGGUUCAGAUCUGGCCUCAGACACUUGACACUUACUAGCUGUGUGACCCUGGGCAUGUCACUUAACCCCAAUUGCCUCACCAAAAAAAAAAAAAAAAAAGGUUAACAUAUCAAUAUUUCCUAUAUAAAUUACAGUGUUUCUUAAAUAAGAAUGAUGAGUUUCAGGUGUAAGGAAAUACAUUUUCUGUUCUUAGGUCAUCAUGAGCUAAAUAAUUUAAUAUCAUUGCUUUGAUUUUGAAUAAAACCUAUGCAAAAGAUAAGUAUAUUUCAGUUUAAAUAAAAGAGGAUUUUAUAAAUUUGUUUCGUAUCUUUGGAUGCUUAAGUGAUCAUAAUCUUAAACUCAGUUGCAAUCCUAAUUUUUUAAGAAAAGUGUAAAUAUAAAACAUUGAAAUGAAACCAUUUGUAUUUAUGUACAUUUAAAUAGCAUUGUUAUGUAAAGGCUGAAAUUAAUCAGCUACCUACUUGCUUUGUGUUGCUUAGAAUACCAUACAGAUAAAGGGAUGCUUAAAAUACAUAUAGAUAAAGUAGGUGCUUAAUUGGCAGAGUACAUAAGUGGAGCAUAGAUUCAGGUCCAUGCCAUACUGUGUAAUUUCUUUUUUAACUACAUAUACUAUAACAGUAGUUAUAAAAUUUACCACAUAUGACAUUUACUUUUGAAGUUGUUACUGCUGUCUGUAGGUUAACAAUAAGUACAGCUUUUGGCCUAAUUCUAAAAUAAUAUAUACUACUGGUGGGGGCAGCUAUGUGGCGCAGUGGAUAAAGCACCAGCCUUGGAUUCAGGAGGACCUGAGUUCAAAUGUGACCUCAGACCCUUGACACUUACCAGCUGUGUGACCCUGGGCAAGACACUUAACCCUCAUUGCCCUGCAUGGUGGGGGGGAGGGAAUUUUUAUAUAGAUACACACACAUAACUUGUGUUUCCUACAAUCUAUAGACUAACCAGACUAGCCUGAACUCUGGUGCUCUUUUUGGGUAACUGAACUGCUUAUUUUGGUCUAUGUGUGAUAAGUAGGGUGAGAAUUGUGAAUUGGAACAGACCUGGACCAUCCCUUAGCAAUAAGAUCAGACCCAGAGGCUUUGUUUUACCUUUAGCUUUUGUACUAUUAUAAUAUUGAUGCAAAAAAAGUUUUUAUGUUGUCAAAGCCUUAUGCCCAUUCUUUUCUCCACAGUGAGCAAGUUAGACAUCUAAUAGGGGUGCAGGAAAGCUUCACUAUUAGGAAAGCAACUAGUAUAAACAUAUUUAAAAGCCACUUAUUUAUGUCAAUACAUACAAGAAAAAUCCCUUGACAAAAUAUAGCAGUUAUAUAUGUUAACCCUAAAAAACAUUGGCAUAUAGGGGCAUGUCUUUAACAGAUGUAUAUAUCUAAAAGCAAGAGCCAGUAUGUGCAAAAGUUAAAUACAAGAAUCUUGAAAUGAGUACAAGGGCAAAUAAGGUGGUUGGGUUUUUUCCUUUAAUAAAUUUAUUAUUUAUUUUUAGUAUUCUUUUUAACUUUGGCAUUCCAAAUUCUCUCUCCACAUCUCUCCCACCCACUAUGAAAGCAAGCAAAUGGUAUCAAGUAUACAGGUGAAAUCAUGCAAACAUUUCCAUACUAGCCAUACCACAAAAAAAAAAAAGUGGGAAAAUUUUUUUCAAUUUGCACUCAGAGUUCAUCAGUUUUCUCUCUGGAGGUAGAUGGAAUUUUUUCAUUGUGAGUUCUUUGGAAUUGUCUUGGAUCAUUGUAUUGCUCAGAGUAACCAAGUCUUUUACAGUUGAUCAUUGCAACAUUGCUGUUACUAUGCAUAAUGAUCUCUUACCACUGUUGUAGCCACCUCCAAGGCCUACUGCUGGUGCUGCCAAGCUAGUGCCCACCCUGGGGUCACAGACCUCUCCCGAUAACCCCUCCUUUGUUGUCUUAGCCAGGAAAAAUAUCUCAUUCUGAUCUCUUGUUGGAUCUGCUACUCCAAAAUUUCAUUUGACGAGUUAUUUUUAAAUUGUUUGGAGGGGAAUGUUGGGAGAAUUCAGCUGAAUUGCUUUUUGUAUUCUACCUAUAAAGUUGUUUAUUGAUAUAGUUCUUGAAUAGAUAGCUAUAGUAGUAGCAGGACAGGAGAGAGAAAUGAAAAGCAUAAACACUGGUUAAAAACAAAACAAACCUAUAAGACAAUAUUAUGGUUUUCUUAAGAAACUCCAGAGCAUCAGCAAAGAAACUAAUUGAGACAAUAGUCUCACUAAAGUAACAGGCUAUGAAAUCACAAGAAUCAUCAUUUCUGCAUAGCACUAAUGAAACCCACUAGAAGGACAUCAUCCAAAAUAUCUACAAAAUGCAUGAGUUAACCUAAACUAAUAUUGCACGUUGAAGACAUAAAUACAAUUACAAAACAUUUUGUGUAAAUAAAUGAAAAACAACUGGGGGAAAUUUCAUGGUUCAUUUAGGUGUGCUAAUGACUACACUAUAUAAAUUAAUUUACAAAUUUUGUGCUAACUAAAUUCGUUUUUAAAAACCUAUUUGUAAGAUUAAAAGUGCUAGAAUUUUU